AUGUCAACCCCCGCAGAACCCACAGGCACAAUCGGCAUCCGCCUCGACGACACCACCUCAGACACCCUCACGCUCCCCUCAGGCCGCAAACUCGGGUACGCGCAGUAUGGCGCCCCCAACGGCACGCCCAUCCUGUACAUGCACGGCUUCCCCAGCUCGCGCCUCGAAGGCGCCAUGUUCGAGCCCAUAGCCCACAAACUCGGCGCCCGCAUCAUCGCCAUCGACCGCCCAGGCUUCGGCCUCAGCUCGCCUCCCCCCCCGGACCAACCGCCGCGCACGCUCCUGAGCGCCGCGCAGGACGUGCACGCCCUGACGCAACACCUGGGCCUGCGCCGCUACGGCGUCCUCGGCAUCUCCGGCGGCGGACCCUACGCGCUCGCGUGUGCGAAAGCGCUGCCCGCGGAGGAGCUGCGCGCCGUGUGCAUCGUGUGCGGCAUCGGCAGCCCGGACAUGGGGUACCGGGGCAUGCAAUUCCCAAACUACCUGGGCUGGACGUACGGACAGCGCUGGCUGCCCGGGCUGGUGCGCUGGUGGUUCGGGCGGCAGCCGGACGCGCGGCUAGACCUCAGUGACGAGGAGAGGCUGCGGCUCAUGCGGCGCGGGUUCGAGAAGGAGAAGGCGGGCAUGCAUCCGAAAGACGUGGCGUUUUUUGGCGACGAGAAUUGGAUGAAGAUGCGGUUGCGGUUGACGCGGGAGACGUAUGCGCAGGGGUUGAUGGGCAUGUCGGAUGAUUAUCGCGUGUUGAACUCAGAUUUCGGGUUCAGGAUUGAAGACAUCAGGAAGGAUUUGCCGGUCCAGGUGUGGCAUGGGGAUAAGGAUGUGUUUGCUCCCACGAGGCAUGGGAGGGAGGUUGCGAAGAGGCUGGGCGACAAUGCGACGCUGCAUAUUACGGAUGAUACGCAUGCGAGUAUCUCGAAGGAUCGCCAGGAGGGGUGGAUGGGGGAUUUGGUCAAGGCUAUCAGAGGCUAG